AUGGCAUUUAAUUCUGAAGAUAUGAACGAUUUAGCCAAUUUUGACCAUUUUAGCAGCAAUCAACGCCAUGCACGAACAGAUGUGCACGAAGCUGUCCACAAAGUGAGAUUCAGCAAUGCUACCAAAGAUGUCAGCAGUCAUGGUUUUGGACAGUCAACAGGUGAGCAGACUGUGUCUGGUUCGUUCAAUCCUCAAGCAAUGUUCUUACCCCAAGGAGGAGCAGGUCCAGCUUCAGCACCAUCCUUUCCAUCAUCGCCGUCAUCAACACACGGACCCAUCAGGGGAAGGAAACGACCGAUUGUUAGGCUAAGGAAACCGUACAGUUCGAACAUGCGAAUAAGCGAAAAUAGGAUUAUUCCAUCAAGUCAAAGCUAUCCUCAAGACGAAAUGAUAGGUGGAUCAAACAAUAUGAGGAAUAUUAUUUGUAAUGAAGGAUGCAUUCCCAGUUCAUCGAUCGUGCCUGCAGUCAACGAGCGCCUUGAAACGAUAAUUAAGGUUGGACCGGGUUCAGUUAUUCCUCAAGAAGCAACACAAACUCAGGCUGUAUCAGUUCCGGAAACUCUUCCACCUCAAAGUGUAUCAGCUUCAGUUAUUCCACAGCAAACAUCCCCGAUUCAAAGUGAUCCAGGUUCAGUUAUUGCACAGGAAACUCUUCCACCUCAAAGUGUAUCAGCUUCGGUUAUUCCACAGCAAACAUCCCCGAUUCAAAGUGAUCCAAGCUCAGUUUUUAUACAGGAAACUUUUCCAUCUCAAAGUGUAUCAACUUCGGUUAUUCCACAGCAAACAUCCCCGAUUCAAAGUGAUCCAGGCUCAGUUAUUGCACAGGAAACUCUUCCACCUCAGAGUGUAUCAGCUCCGGUUAUUCCACUGAGACCUGUUGCAGUUCAAGGUGGAUCAGAUCUGGCUAUACCGCAAACAACUCUUCCAUCUCAGGGUGGACAGGGUCUGGCUAUUCAACAAGAAACACAACGAGGACCAGGUGUGGUUAUGGAACCAGCAGUUGUCCCAACCCAAUCUAGCACAGCUGAGCCCACUUUCAUGCCAUACAUGAAAUCAGGCUCAAUCCGUCCUCUCAAUGCAGUCUCGGAAUUCGUUCCUACCGUAAUCCGAAAGCAACCUCGCAUAACACAAUGUAUCUCAUCGAAAUCUCUCACCCAAUGUAUUUGUCCCAAACAUUAUAACGCAUGCUCAAUUAAGAAUAAACAGUUUAAUCUAUGCUGUCGUAGGAAAAUGAGAAUAAGCAAAAAACGACUGAGGAACAGACAGCGAGUAAGCAGAAAACGACUGAGCAAAAACUAA